UGUCUCGAGUGGGUCUGGGCAAAACAUUUGAUGGUCCGAGCCCCCGUCGAAGGGCCGGUCGCCCGGCCUGAUGGAGCUUCACAAGGCUCCCGAUCAGCCCUUCGCAGUGCCUGUGACUCGCCGAUCUCCUGAGUGGGGUUGGCUGGAGUACUUGCUGCAUGCCAGCUGCAGCACUUAUAGAAUACGACUACGCUCAGCAUGGUCUGUAGCAAACAAGCGGCUGAGCAUGGAGUUCGACUCUCGUUGCAAGGGGCUUUUGCAGCUUCAUGCGUGGCUGCCUGUUGCUGAAAUCCCUUUUGGGCAGACGGUGGAGGACAUUUGCAGAAACGGCUUUAAAGCUGGGCAUGCGGGAGUCUCCUUCCAUGUUGGCAACCUGCAGCUCCCCAGUUUGUACAAUGAUGGUCGCGAUCGGGGCGGAAAUGAUCGAGGGCACAAUGUGAAGACACGUGGAAGGUCACUUCCUGCUGGGCGACGAUUAUAUGAGUUCCUACUUUGCCGCAUUGGUGCAGGCCGCUCAUACUUGAUCGAUGCCCCGUCCCAUGCAGAAACCUUGGCACUUCCUCCAGAGUACGACAGCUUUUUUGUUCGCCACAGCCCUGCUAACGAGCAAGUUGUCAAUGAAGAGUUCCCUGGAGUGCUACCUCGACAUGUUCUGCACCACGAGUACAUGGUGAGGGACCCUGCGCAGGCGCUUCCUGUCUACUUGGUGCACUUUGAGUUUGACCCUGAGAUGCCUGAGCUGCUGAACCUUCCGCUUUGCGACAGCUGUGGGCUGCAAGCUGCACUCGUCUUCUGCGAGGCGGAUGAUGCCAUAUUGUGCAGGCCAUGCGAUAGCCGGAUCCACUCAGCGAACAAGUUAGAAUGCAAAAUGCCUGUAUGCCAGCACUGCCGCAAGCUGGGAAACCAUAGUGCAGGAGAGGCCAAAAAGCACCGCCUCAUCAGCUUGAGGGAGGCAUACCAACAUGCCCUGAAGGCAAGCUCUGCCACUGCCCACGGCAUCCUGUCAGAGAGACAGCGGGUGGAGUCGCAGCAGGUGGCCGACUUGGACAAGAAAUUGGUUGCGGUGCAAGAAUCUACACAGGCUCUGGAGGAUGGCAUCUAUGACCAAGUGCAGUUGGCAGUGAAGCAAGGCCAAGCCCUGGCAGAAGAACAAGCGUCGCUUUUCAUGGCCGAUGAGUUGGAAGCGAAACGCCAGCUGGACCAGGCAAGCUGGAUGGAUUCGUUCCUGGAUGAUCAUGUGAAGAACCUGCCGCCACCUGAUUUCAUGAAUGCCUGGUUACUCCAUGCCAAGGUUCGAGAGGAUGUGAGCCAGCUAGGCCGCCUGACACAAGCUCGUGGCAGUGCCAUGCUGCGACUAGAAGGAGGCCUUCGUCUUGUGGCUGAUGAUGCCAAGGCCCUCCAGCCAGUGACCAGACCAGGACUGGGAGAUGGCAUGACAGCUGCAGCCCGCCCUCAAGGUGGCACACCAAGAGCACGGUUUGUGCUUGAUGGCUAGUGGCCAAGGCGGCCUGUACCAUAGAUAGCUGCUUCAGUUCAAGGCCACUUGCCCAAGGCAAGAUGCACCACUUAGACUUAGAGAAGCCAACGAAGUGGCGAGCCAGCAAAA